AUGCUUGCAGUUUUUGACAAAUCUGUGGCCAAAUGUCCAGAGGGUCUGCAGAGCCCUCAAUCCAACUCAGUUUCAGCACUCAAAGAUGCUUUUCUGGCUCAACACUUUACCUCUGUUCACCCUGCUUCUGUCACCCUCAAUCUUUCCUCCUCUGCUCUCGUGGCCUAUGCUCCUAACAAACACAAUCCUUUACUCCCAAGGCUAUUUGCAGUUGUGGAUGACAUCUUCUGCUUGUUUCAAGGCCACAUUGAGAAUGUUGCCAAUCUUAAGCAACAAUAUGGAUUGAACAAAACAGCAAAUGAGGCGAUCAUUGUCAUUGAGGCUUACAGAACUCUAAGAGACCGCGGUCCUUAUCCGGCUGACCAGGUUGUGAGAGAUUUCCAUGGAAAAUUUGCAUUUAUCCUGUUUGACAGUGGUUCCAAAACUGCAUUUGUUGCUGCUGAUGCUGAUGGGAGUGUUCCCUUCUUAUGGGGAACUGAUGCUGAUGGAAAUCUUGUUCUUUCAGAUGAUCCAGAUAUUUUAAGUAAAAGCUGUGGGAAAUCUUCUGCACCAUUCCCUAAAGGAUGCUUCUUUACAACAUCUGGAGGUUUGAGGAGUUUUGAGCAUCCGCUAAACGAGCUGAAGCCUGUACCAAGGGUUGACAGUUCUGGUCAGGUGUGUGGUGCAACUUUCAAGGUGGAUGCUGAAACUAAGAAGGAAACAGUUGGCAUGCCAAGAGUUGGGAGUGCUGCUAACUGGUCUUCUAAUUACUGA